GGGCAAUAAAGUAUAGCUUUAGGGAAAACUCUUUAAUUACACAGAUGCACGGAAACAGAAAGUAGUCAUGACCAGAAUUUAAGUUUUUGUGCGUGAAAUAAAAACCUACCCAAGCUUAGAGGGGAAUUUGAUAUUCCAUUUUUGCAGUUGUCAGACGAUGGUGUGUACUGAAAAGUUCCAGUAAACCUGUACAAUUUAAACAUACACAAACACAGAGACACUUUGGAGCGCGAUGCUGUUUAAAUUGGAGGAAAUUCUUAAAUGGAUUGGAAUCACUGUUCUGGAAGUGUGGUUGCAUCUAAUAUCAGUGCUUGUGUUUUCCUUUCUUGCAGUCUUGAAAUAUGAAGAGUACAUACACUGCACUUGGUAUGAGGCGUUCAUUCCUCUCUUUAUAUGUGAUGGACUAUGUGGGUAUUUUGUGAUCAUUGUGUAUGUGCGGAUGUACAGGGAUCGAUCAUCAGUAAUCAGGCUAUUGUCUUCACUUCUCUCCAUUGUUCUGUUGUUUGUGUUUAAAGUGUUACUAUGCCAAAAACUUAGCAGGGAGAAGAUUAUCACAUUCUCUGAAGUAAUGGUUCCUUUAUUUGCUUUAGUAGUUAUUGUCAUGUUUAGAUCUUGUCAUGUAAACACAUGA